AUGUCAGUCUCAUACUCCUGCUCACAUCUGGCUACUCCUUAUGCCCCACUUCCACCUUCCUAUCCAUCUUCGUCAACCGCAUAUCACCCGUUGAACAAAUUAUACUUCUGCGAAGAGUGUGAUGCUACAAGGUGUGAUCUGUGCGUCGGAGUCGAAAUAGCAAGUUACUUCUGCCCGAAUUGUCUUUUCGACGUUCCAAGUGCGAAUGUGAGAGCGGACAAAAACAGAUGUGCAAGAUCAUGUUUCUCGUGUCCGUUAUGCGAAUCUAGUCUAUCGAUUCAAGCUUCUGAUCAAUCUCCGACGGAUAUUUCGACUAUCGCGACGUCAUCAAGUAGUGGUCAGGCUGGUGGACCGCCAUAUACUCUAGUAUGUCCAGGUUGCAAAUGGAGCAGCAAAGAGAUCGGCUGGAAUUUUGAUAAACCUACUGGAAUAGCUCUACAACUCUCCAAGAUCAACACUCUGUCUGAGACUGUUCAAUCGGAAUUUGAUUUAAUAAAAGAACAUCUCGAAUCGUAUAUUACACAUUCUACACCUACACCCUCAGCUCCUUCAUCUGCUCGUUCUUCCAGGAAUCCUUCUAGACACAUUUCAAAUCUCACUCAAAUGGCUCAAAAGGCUCUGCAUAGGAAUGUAGGCGGAAUGACCGCUUACCCAGCUGCAUUUAAUUCAAGACGUCCGAAUAUGAGUAAUCAGGAAAAUAAGGAGAAUGUUGGAUGGGACGAGUUAGCUGAAUAUCGACCUAAAACGAGUUGGAGACAGCUCGGUCUUGAAAGAGGUUUAGAAGAUGCAGAGAAGAUGAGAGAAAUACAAGAGGCAGGUCCAGAUGGAUUAGCAGGACUUGAUAAAAGGUGGAAGAAUAGCUGGGAAAAUGAUAGGUCAUCAAAAGCUAUGACACCGCAAAGGAUACCUCUUCAAACCAAAUUGACUAAACGAUGUCCUCAUCCGAAUUGUCGACAUUUGCUCAUUCAACCAGACACGAAAACCGUUCGAAUGAAGAUAAAAAUGACCGCAUCCAAUUACCUACCUUUAAUUGAGAUAGGCCGUAAGCGACGACGUCUACCAAACACCGAUGAGAUAGAAGAACAGAAUCCUACUUUCACUUCUACAGAGGAUAUCGAUUGUCGAAGAAGAGAACGUAGACGUACACGAGGCAUUCUAGUGAAGGAAGAAGACGAACCGAUGGAUUCAACGUUGACCUCAGGGGAGACAUAUUCGUUCCAAUUAGCAUUAAUAAAUCCAUUAUAUGACCCAAUACAAAUUCGUUUGACGCAACCACAUACGCCUAGAAAUGCUCCAACACCGAAAUGUACAGUCAAUAUUCCCACCCCUCAUUUCACGAUCAACGCUCUGAAAGACGCUUGGGCAUAUGAUGAAGAAGAUGAGAAUGAAGAUAUAUUGAUGGGCGGAAGUGAAGCUGGUUUAAGUGAAGAAGGAACUACUACGACAGGUACAACCACAACUGCAAAUGCUACCGGAACCCUGAGUAAGAAAUCCAGAUUCAGUAUAUUGGCUAACACUGGAGUUGGAGUCUCAAAUAAGAAAUUGAGAGAAGGUGGAGUCGAGAAAAAAGGUAAUAUGAGUAAAGUCAAUUUAGAUGUUGAAUUAUCUAAAGAAGCAAAAGGCAAAAUCGAAUUUGAUUUAGAAGUUAGAUAUACCUAUAAGGCUGAAGACAUAGGUACACCGACUGACAAAGAAGGAAAAGACAAGUCGUCAGCUAAAAAAUCAAAGGACGAAUAUAAGCACUUCACCUUUUGGAUUAGGGUCAAAAUUGGUCAAGUGGUUUGA